GGGACCCCGGGCGGACACGCCCCCGGCCGCAAGAUCCUGCGCGGGGCAAGGGGGCGCCGGCGGGCGGGGGGGACCCCGGACCCGCCGAGCCUGGCCGUCCUGACGCAGACGAGAUCCAUAGCUCUUGCCCUCGGGCCCCAGAGGCUGACCUGCCGCCCCGGGCUGCCGCGCUGCGGCCGGGCCUCCCGGCCGAGCCUAACCUGCCGGGCCGGUUUGCGGGCUGCGCGGGGGGAGGGCGCAUCUCGAGGCCCCGCCCGCCCCGGGCCCAGGUCCUGGGAACAAAGGCCGAGUGUUGCCCUGGGGCCCAGUGGACAAUGGCCCCGGAAUGCUGCUGCCCCCGCGGGGGCGGGCGCUUGGGCCUCAUGGGCCGUCUUCCUUCCCCAGUCUGGCUUCUGAUUCUGCUGGGGAGGCCAGGCCCACCCUCUCUAGAGUGGGUCAGGUAACAGCAGUAAGUCCCUAUGGCUCAUCAUCUGCUAGCCUUGGGUACUGUUUUCUGAGUGCAUGUGUUGUUUGUUUAAACAGACGCGUGGUACUUACUGUAUGUUAGGCAUCAAGGGACCUGCAAAUAAUUUACACCUUUCCCACCAAGCAGCCUGGGCCCAGAGAGGUUGGACCACCUGGUGGAGUCACACAGCAGCAGGGCAGCGCUGAAAGUCAGUUGUACAUUGCUGCAGUGUGCCAGAGCAGUGGCCCAGGCAGUUAGUUCCCUCCUAAGAAGCCUGAGUUUGUAAACAGUUCAGACAGCACAGGUGUAGGUGGUAGAGGUAUGGAGCAGAUGAGGCCAGAGAGGCUCUGGAGAUGCCCAAAUGAAGAGGAGACCCUGUCUGGGCCAGAUUCCAGUGCCCUGAACCCUGCCCUGGGUACUGCUCUUGAAUCUCCCAGCGGAAGGGGCUGGGGCGGGGCUGCUGGUCUGGGCUCCAUCCCAGGCCCAUUGGAUUGUGGGCAGGGCCUCUGGCCUGGGGUGCUUGUCCCUGUGCCCCCCACCCUGCCUUGGGCUCCCGCAGGCCUCCUUGGUGAGCUGGUACACUGCCCUUUCCCACAGGGCGGCUGCCUCUGGACCUCUGGUCUCCUCCCUGGAGUGUUCCCCAGGGAGGUCCCCCAGGUCGGCUUGUGGGGAGUGUGGCUCCUGCCUUCUGGCAUUCAAGACCCAGAAGAGCCGCACCCACUCACACCCAGCUCCCUGCUGGGGGCAAAGGGCACCCUGCCUGGGCUUGUCCCUGGAGCCGCCAUUGGGGAGGGCGCUGCCCUCUGCCCAGCUCUGUGGCCGGCUGCUGUCUGCAGGCCUCCCUUGGCUUUGGGGCCAUCUCUGCCUCUCUGCCCUUCGCCAUCCUGACCCUGGUGAAUACCCCGUACAAGCGAGGGUUCUACUGCGGAGAUGACUCCAUCCGAUACCCCUACCGCCCGGACACCAUCACCCAUGGGCUUAUGGCCGGGGUCACCAUCACAGCCACUGUCAUCCUGGUCUCAGCUGGGGAAGCCUACCUGGUGUACACUGAUCGCCUCUAUUCCCGCUCUGACUUCAACAACUAUGUGGCUGCCCUCUACAAGGUGCUGGGCACCUUCUUGUUCGGGGCGGCCGUGAGCCAGUCCUUGACAGACCUGGCCAAGUACAUGAUCGGUCGUCUGCGCCCCAACUUCUUGGCCGUCUGCGACCCAGACUGGAGCCGGGUCAACUGCUCGGUCUAUGUGCAGCUGGAGAGGGUGUGCAGGGGGAGCCCUGCCAACGUCACCGAGGCCAGGCUCUCUUUCUACUCUGGACACUCCUCCUUCGGGAUGUACUGUAUGCUGUUCUUGGCGUGCCGCGUGGGCCUCCGCCCCGCUGAUGCGCUCCCGCCGCAGCUGUACGUGCAGGCGCGGCUCUGCGGGAAGUGGGCGCGGCUGCUGCGGCCCACCGUGCAGUUCUUCUUGGUGGCCUUCGCCCUGUACGUGGGCUACACCCGCGUGUCUGACCACAAGCACCACUGGAGCGACGUCCUCGUCGGCCUCCUGCAGGGGGCGCUGGUGGCCGGCCUCACUGUCCGGUAUGUCUCAGACUUCUUCAAAGCCCGACCCCUGCGGCCCUGCCUGGAGGAGGCUGUGGAGCGCAAGCCCAGCCUGUCCCUGACGCUGACUGUCGGCGAGGCCACGCACAACCACCGUGGCUACCCGGUCUCCUCCUCCUGAGCCAGGACCUCCAGGGGACCAUCUGUGGGCCAGCUAUGCCCUGGGCCCUGGUCAGCAGGAGGACCCAGACAGGCCCCAGGUUCCCAGCUAGUGCCAGAGGCAAGCAGUGCCCCUGGGGGCCAGGCGUCCUGUGGGCUGUCCUGGCUGCUCCUUGAGGAGCCCCGGUCUUAUGCGGGGUGGGGAAGGGCCUGGGAGCCAGGCACCCCGUGCUUCAUGGUGGGUGUGCACGUGGGUUUCUAAUAAAGCAGGCAUUUGUUGAGGGCCUUGCUGCCAGGCUUCCUGCUUCUCUCUGGCCAGCACACAGAGUUAUCUCAUGACCAGAGGGCCUGAGCAGAGGGCGGGCAGGACCCCAGGGCUGCAGCAGGGAGGAGGUCUGGCGGUGGAGACAGCAGGUUGAAUGCAUUGAGGGAAAGCACACCCCUAGUGCACAGCCAGGCACCUGGGCCUUGGUGGCCUUGGUGGCCUGAAAGACCAGCCAGACUCACUCCCCUUCCUGAGUCCUGCCGUUUCCCCUCCUCAACCCGGUGUCUGCCCCCAAGGCUUCAGAGUCUCUCCACAUGUGGUGGGGGUCCUGCCUUCUGAACUGCCCAACCAGCAACACCCUUCGCUCCUGCACAGACCUGGGUUCCAGGCCCUGUAGGAAGCACCGUCCAUGCCUUCCCUGUGCCCCCACGGGACUCUGGCCUGAGCCCUGCAGUCCUGACCCUCUGCCGACACAGCCAGUUCUGAAGCCAGGUGCUCGGCUGGUGCCUCUAAGCCAUUUCAGAACUUUCUGGGCUUGCCUUUUCAGUGGGAGACCGAUACAUAAAUUUUGUUUUUUUACCAAA